AUGGCCGCCUCAGCCGACCAGGUCACGGCAGUGCCGAACAAGCGUGAGGAUGCCAUCGAACGGAACAAGGGUAACAUUGACCAGCAAGAUGGACUUGUGCCCGAGGAUCCUUCAAAGGAGCAGGAAGCGGAACAACCCAUGGCUGUUCCAACGGAGGCUAUGCGCAAGAUCUGGAGUAUAAGGCCUCUGGUCGCAGUCUUCGUUGGCAUGAUCUUUGCUGCUUCGUCUGCCGGCGUCUACGACCCCUAUGUCACAAGUCAUUUCGAAGGCCACUCGCUCAUCGCCACGGCUAACAUUAUCCACGGAAUUGUGCGCAUUGUGGGAUAUCCGCUUCUCGCAAAGGUCGCCGAUCACAUUGGUCGUCCUCAGGGCUUCGCCGGCUCCGCCAUCAGCAUGGCACUGGCAAAUGUACUCUAUGCUGCCUGCCACAACGUGGAAACCUAUCUGUCCGGUGGUGUCUUCGAAUCAUUCGGUGACACAUGGUGGACCAUCACGGAGCAAAUCUUCAUUGCCGAUGUGACUUCUCUUGUCAACAGAGGCUUCCUCUUUACCCUGCCGCAGUCGCUCGCUGCUAUCCCUACCCUGUACGCUGGGACCUACCUCGGAGAGCACAUGCUCCUGAACUCGACUUGGCGCUGGGGUUUCGGUAUGUGGGCUGUGAUCAUUCCCUUCUGCGCCCUGCCUACCAUCGCCAUCAUGCUCUUCAUGGAGCACCGCGGCCGCAAGAAGGGUAUCAAGUGGCAAAGGCUGCCGCUGCGGGCUUCUUCUGGAGCUCCCCAGGGAUCGUCUUUCCUGACCCAGCUCUACUACGUUGUGUGGGUGCGCCUCGACAUUAUGGGAGCGUUCCUGCUGCUGGCCGGUCUGUCAAUGACCCUCCUUCCGCUGUCCAUCACGGGAAGGAGAAACACAGAGCGCUGGACCGAAGCUUCUUCGAUCGUUCUCAUUAUCAUGGGUGUGCUCACCUUUGUGGCCUUCCUCGUGUGGGAUGGACGAUUUGCGAAGAACCCCAUUGUGCCGUUCCGCAUGAUCAAGAACCGGAACGUUCUCCUGGCGUGCGUGUCGGUCUGCUUGAUCGCCAUGUCAGACUCGACCUAUCGUGCUUUCGGGCCGAGCUUCCUCCAAGUGGCUGGCGGCUACUCGCCGGGACAUGCUGUUCGUAUCGACAACGCUCGAAGGGUAGCCCUCAACCUCGGUGGACUCGUCAUUGGUAUCGCCAUCCGCUUCGUCAAGCACACCAAGCCCUUCAUCAUCAUUGGCUGUGUCAUGGUCGCCCUCGCGAACGGACUUCCGAUCUACUUCACCAACAUUGACGGGACCCGUGUCGCCAACGAAGCCGCUCUGACGACUAGUCAGGUCCUGCUAGGUCUGGGCCGCGGCUUUGCCCAGAUCCCUCUGCAGGUGUCCUUGCAAGCCGUCGUGCCGGACCACGAGGUUGGCAUUGCCACUGCGCUCUUCCUCUCCUCUUCAGGCUUUGGUGCCAACGUUGGCAACAGUGUCAGCGGAGCCAUCUGGAACACGAUUCUCCCCCGCCGUCUCCUGGAGCAUCUCCCAGAAGCAGCCAAGGAGAACAGCCGCGCCAUCUUCCGCUCCAUCGUUGCCGCCCAAAGCUUUGCGAUCGGCACGCCUGAGAGGAGCGCCAUUAAUCUGAGCUACCGCCAGACGCAGCAGACACUGGCUAUCGCGUCGCUGUCAAUCUCGAUUCCCCUCCUCCUCAUCAUGCUCCUCAUCCGGAACGUGGACUUUGUUGCCGAGGAGAAGAAGAAGGCGCAGCUGGCCGAGGAGCAGGCCGCCGCCGCUCUUGCGGAAGAGGCCGCCAGGGAGGAUUCUGAGAACAGGAACGUCUCGGGGCAAGAUGCCAGCGACCCGGAGAAGCGCGUUGGGCGGUAA